CAGAAUCAUUUCUUAGCAAAGAAUACGGAUGUCGGCCACGGCUGCAGGACUAUUGCGACCGCCAAUAUGCCGGCAUUCCAAGCUAUCAACCUCGAGCCCGAGGAGAACGUUGACGAGCAAAUCGACACCACCAAAGAGCUUCACGUCGACGAAGCACUCAAGCGCUUCCAACAUGCCCUGAAGCUCCAUGCGCAGGGAGCCCGAUCGCGCGAAGCCGCAGCUGCCGCAUACGACGAGCUUUUCGAAUCCGAGAUAUUCAAAUACCGUGAAGCGAGAACCGACUAUGAAAAAGCCGAGCGACAUGCGGAGGGCCAGCCAGAAGUGUCCAACGUAGACACCGUCGAAACAGAUGGCGGACUCGACGUGGAUGCCGGAGGAGCAGAUGGUGUCGCAGCAAGCCUUGCCCAAGCGCUCUAUCUUUCCUACAAGAACUAUGGACAGUUCUUUGUGGACAAGUACAAGGAUGAGCUGGCCUCGAACCCAACCUGGAAGGAGAAGCCUCGAUUGAAAUACUACGAUGACGAUGCACGCAAAGUCUUGGACAGCUGGACCACUGCCCUGGACCAAGACCCCUCGGAUCCGGAGCUUUGGAGGCGGGCUGCUCGAUUUGCUGCUGCUAUGAACAGUAAUCGUAUCAAACGGUACUGUUUGGAGGCUGCGAUCGAGCUGGAUGACGACCCGGCUGUGAUGGAGGUUGAACCCCCUUCGUUGGCAGAGGGCCUAGCGGGUGAGCAGCUGAAGGACCAAUUGCAGCUUCUCGGCGACGACAUGGCGUUGUCACAUCCCGUGAUGGCUCCAUGGCUCAAGAAGAAGAUGCCUGCCUUGCUCAAGCGCCACCUGGACCCUAUCCCCUUUCUUCCCGACCCCACCAAAUCGUUGACACCUCCCCCUGAACCUCUUAUCGUCGAAGAGCAAGCACCAGAAGAUGCUGAGGGGAGCAAAUCACAAACACCGGGCCGAAAACGCGCCAGCAAGCCUGUGCUAUCAUGGGCUGACCUUGGAGCGGAACUCAUGACUUGUCUGGAGAAUGCAGCAGAAGCGCUUGACACGUGUGAUGACAUUGUUCAGAGCUCUCUCGAAGAUGUCGUUAUGGCAACACCACCUCCUGAGGUUCAAAACGAAAGCCCUGAAGCCCAGGCUGAGAGCGAAAAAUCAGCUGAGCCAGAACAGACUACUGAGAAGGACACGACUGAGGAGGAACCUAAAGAGAAGAAUGCAAAGCCUGAUGGUAAAGAGGAUGGUUCCCAAGGUAGCUCAGAGGGUGACAAAGCAACCGACCAGGCACAAAAGGAUCGUAAUGGAGCACCUACAAGGAAAAGAUCGCAGUCUACAGCAGGCCUGCCAGAUCCUGCGGAUGAGGAGAACACGGCAGAGAAGCGCAGCAAGCGUGUCCGAAGAAGAGAGACUCUUCAAGCUGAGGAGGCGACUGACCCAAGCACACUCAUUGCGAAUCAGCUGCAGCCAUACCAGGGUGCCGAUCAGAACCUUUUCCAAAUGACCAAGAGUGUCUUGGAGAACUUGGGCGUGGACGACAAAUCGACAUUGGACUUCAUCACCGAGCUCAUUGACUCGUGUGCUACCGAGGAUCGACCCAGUAAGAUCACCAACCUCGCAGCAAAGGAUCUGAGCAGUGUCAUUGUCGACUUUCGUGAGGAGGUUGCCAGAGCUCUUCUCAACAAAAACGAGCAAGCCAGUCUCGGACUGUCCUCUUUCUUGGAACACGCCAAGACGGGUUCGCAAGACCAGACAUCAUCACCACCAUUCGACGAGGCACAAGGCCUUAAAUCCUUUGCCAGGAAAAUAGGGGAUUGCAGAUCGUGGAUGACAGGCGAGGACAUCGCAUUCGAAUGGGUUCGGGCUGUCAGCCAGAGCUACACAGCAGCGAAAUGGUCUGACAAGAUGAAGCUAUCUGUGGUUCAAAUGCUCAACCGUAUGGACUCGGCACUAUAUCAGAGGGUCACGGACGAAAUGGAGCUGGCCGUCGGUUCCCCCGAAAAGCUGGCUGAGCUUGAGACCAUCGUGCCGAUGCUUUUCGAGCUUCAUAUCGACAUCUACGAACGAAUCACCAACCCUAGCAGUGUUGUCGAUUACGCGACUCGGAUGGAGACCAAGUACCGACUUGGGAGAUGGCUUGACGUCGCCUCAACAUAUGUUCAGUUGCUGGACCGCCCUUCAAACGAUGCCCUCUCGGCCCGUUUCUUGUGGGCUUCUGUCUUUGUCUCAUCUCUCUCUGACAAUCCAGUGCGAGAGCACAUUCUUCUGAUGUGGACGUCACUCCGAGAUCACUUGACCGACGAGAAGGUUCCGGUCAUUUCGUUGCCAAACAACGUGGUCAUGCCCACCAUCUCACCGGCUGCUGCUGAUCGAGAAAUAUCCAAGUUGACGACAAUGGAUUUCUUCCUCGGACUCUUUCAAGAUGACAUGGAGAAUCCCGUUCACGUUAUCGAGACACUGGAGCCAGUCCUCAACCCAUCUUCCGUCUGUGCCCCGACCUCAGAAGCGAACUCGGAUUCUGGGGACAAAGAUGAUGCAAGCUCGAGUGAAAAGCAUCAGAAGUCGAUUUCCGAUUGCGCGAGCCAGGGGCUUCAAGAUCUAUGGAAAUUCCUCCAUAAUAGUAGCACCGAGUUGAGGCUGUUCCUAUGGUCUCGGCUGGGCGAUGCGUAUGAUGCUAUCAAGUACUCGACCAAGAAGUUUUCUUGUUGUCUCAAGAGCAUCGAGCUGAUUGUCUCCGACCUUGAAGGCGAGACAUAUGCCAAAACCUCACCAGAGUCCCGGAAGCUGUUGUUCAUGCGAACUCUGAAGUCACUGGACGAGCUUCUGAUCCAGGCGCUAUUUUCUGCCCUGAACGAAAGCACAGCAUUCGAAAUCAUUGAUGAUGAGCACAUCAAGUCCACUUCAGCGGCUCUCGCCAAGGUCAACUGUUUGCUUCAUGUCGCUUCUCUCUGUGAGGACGAAUUCCGGAUCGGAAUCAAGCCAGAGCCAUCAGGAAAUGCAGCCACCAAGUCCGCUUUCCAGUCAUUGAAGAAUAAACUCAAAGAGAUGCAAGUCCGAGCUUGGUGUUUGCAAUACACCAUGUUCAAAGCCGGGAUCACCCAAGAAAACUGCAUCAUUGGGCCUGAGAACGACUUGGCCGAUUACCUGGCUGCCAUCCAUCAAGUCAUUGGUAUUCGCAAGUUCUGCAAGGCAUCAAACAAGAUCUUCCUCAAGGUCAUGCGGGUGGAGCUUCUCAAGCUCAAGAACAUUGAGAACUGGGAAGACUACUUGGGCCAAGUACUCUACGACUUGCACGGCUUGAAGCUUGGUGCUGGUGUGUGGGAUGUCCAGGAUCACGCGUGCCCACCAGAGAAGCUGGAGAAGCGACAGACCAUGCAGUUGGUUGAGAGAGUCACGAUUCUUGCCAACCGUAUGCCGAUGAAGGAUCUUCUCAAGUCAGACCUCAAGACGACGAUCGACCACAUGCAGCAGACUAUUGGCCAGACCAAGUCAACACCUCAGAUGUACCACAACCUGCGUAACUUUACAGAGUACCUCAAGAAGCCGAUCCACCCUCUGCGUCUGUACCAGGCUCUCCUGGGAGACGUCUCUGUGGACGCGGUGUCUGUCAAUAUCCCUGAGACAGCCCUUGCAAGACAUGGUUGGUUCUUCUUGCUUGGAAUGAUGGCCUUGACCAAAUUCAAGGGAGUCGACUUGAACCGUCGCCAAACGCCCGGUGCAACUGACGACCUGCGAAUUGGUGCGACCUUCUUGAGGCUUCAGUUGCAGUUCACUGCAGACAGAUGGGACGCUUGGUUCCGUUUGGCUGAAUGCUUCGACUAUGAACUGGACGAAGCUGUUCUGUGGACUGCAGACAAGAUGAAUAAGGAUCGCCCCGAAUUGGUCAAGUUUCAGCGCAACGCCAUUCAUUGCUACACUCUCGCUCUCUCACAUUCACGAAAUGUGGACGUGGAGACACACGAUGGCGACCCUCUUCACGACUUAUACCACAAGUUCGCAAUGCGACUUUAUGCGUCAAGUCGCCAGCCUUUUGCCAUGGAACCGUUCCAGCAUUCUGACCAGGAACGAUUCUUCAUUGAAAGCAUGGGGGCAGGCACCUUCAAGAGGAUUCUUCAUGAUCAGAUGAAGGAGUACAAGGUUUGGAAGUUUGCCGCCAAGCUGUUCAAGAUGGCCAUGAAGCGGAAGCCCAACGACUGGAAAAACCCCUAUAUGCUCGCCAAAUGCUACUGGAAAAUGUACCAGACUCCUGACGACCAACUAGACGUCAAGGAUAUGCGUUCAAAGAUCAGCCUUGAGCUGCUCGUGGACACUCUCAAGAAGGCAGUACAGGUUGCGCACAACGCUCGGAGAUCCAGAAGCAGUGAUCCCAUCCUUGAGCCGCAUUACAAGAUUGUGUCUAUUCUUCACAAGCUGGUGAUGCGAGGUGACAUGACUUCAGCUGAUGCUGCAGCAAUUCUGUCCGAGCAACCGUUUGGCUUGACAGUCCACCCUGACGAUCAUUUCGCGUCCUUCUCGGAGCCUGAGGAUUGGGAAGAGUACAUCAUCCGCAACCUGACCAAGCUCAGAGACAAGGACAAGUCUAACUGGCACCACCGAAUUAUCAUGAGGCAUGCUAAGAUCUUGUUCGACGAGGACAACCGGAUGGAGGGAAGCGAUAGUACCGUCGAAGCAAGGGCGGCAUUUGGUAUCCUGCGGGAGAGCAUGGUCACAAAGACCAUGGUCAUGAACGUCUGGAAAUGUGAUGCGGAAAGACCAGGACGACACCAUGUCUACACGGAACAAUACGUGCGGUUUAUGACGAAGCUUCUGAUCAUCAUGGCCGACCGCAGCAACCUGGAGCAGCUUCUGAGGCGGCUGCGCAAGAAGGGUGCGGACUUUUAUCACUUUACGGACCUGUGGCAAUCAUGCUGCAUGGCUUAUCUCAAACUCCUGCGGGAAGGCUACCACGUGUCCCCGGUCACAGAUGAUGCCUUCAAGUCGUUGUCGAGUGAGGAGUUUGAGGUGGUUGGCGAGAAGAUUGCAGACUGGGCUGCCAACGAUGGCGCCGAAGUGCCAGUGUUCAACUGCAUGAAGGAAGCGAUUGAGCUGAAGAAGCUCAAUGCCAAUCUGAUGAAGGUGGCACCGAUCGAUGAUCUCCUCAACGACUGCUACUCCAAGAUCUACUCCGAGAUCGUCAAGUCCAUGCCAGGCUUCGAGCCAAGCAAGGUUGUUGAGGAACGGCACCAUGCCAAGGAGGUGGCAGCCCAGCUCGAAGCAGCACAGGCAGAAGCCAAGGCCAGCAGCUCACUCACUAGUAUACUGAACCCGCCCAACGGGAUGGAGAGCAUCACAGGCACUGUGACACCCCUUGACACAGAGAAGCAAGAAGCUGUACCUCGAGCCAGGAGAGCCGGCGUGAGAAGGCCGGACGUGCUUCGCAAGGCUGAGCAAGCAGUGAUUCGCGCAAUGGAGGCACCUAAGUCGAACAAGAGUCGGGUUGGCAGCGUGUCGAGCGGCAAGCGUGGUAGCCAUACGCCUAAUCCACCGGCGAGCGAAGCUGGCAGUGAUGAUGAGGAGGGACCUGACGCCCAAGUUCGACGCGAAGCUGAAGAAAAUGUCGACGGCGACGUCAGCAUGAAGGACGUUGGGGAUCAUGAAGAGGCGGCGGAUGAGACAGCUGUUGAGGAGGAAGUGGCUGAGGAAGAGGUUGCCGAGGAGGACCUUGGCGAAGAGGCUGACGAAGUGGAUGACAAGGGAGCCAAGGAAGAGGCUGAAAGUGAGCCUGGCAGCAUCCACGACUCGGCAGAUGACGAAAGCGAUCUUAGCGAUGUGCCGGAGGGUUAUGACGAGGAGAUCCCGCCUGGACUGAUGUUCCCCAACUUGGGGCGGCACUCAGAUGAGUCCAGCGGAGAGGAUGCAGACAGCGAGAGUGAAGGCGAGGACGAGGCCGAAGAAAGCGACGGUGAGGAAGAAGCUGAAGAAGCCGAGGAGGCUGAGGAAGAAGAAGAAGAGGAAGAGGAACAUGACGAAGCUGAGGAAACUCAAGACGAGGAGGAUGAUACAGAGAUGGCGGAUGUCACAGAAGACACUGUCCAUGCGGCGUCAGUGCCAGUCAUACCGCGACGUGAUUCUGAGCGAUAG